AUGGAUAUCGAUAAUAUUUUUCUUCCUAGGGCUAUUCCAGUGGGAUCGGAUGGAAAACCUAAAUCACCAAGUAAAGGUGCAUGGAUAAAAGCAUGUGGUGAUGAAUUUUUAACAGAAGUAAUCAAAGCACUCGGUAAUGAUUUACCAUUAGUCGUUGAAGAUUUAGGUUAUUUAACAAAAGAAGUAUUUGAUCUUCGCGAUAAAUGUGGUCUUAUUGGGAUGCGUGUUCUUCAUUUUGGAUUUGGAUCUGAUCCAAAUAAUAUGUAUUUACCACAUAAUUAUGUUCAAAAUUGUAUUGUUUAUACCGGAACUCAUGAUAAUAAUACAUCAAUUGCAUGGUUUCGUCAGAAUACAACGAACAAUGAAAAAGAAAAUUUAAUUAAAUAUUUACAAAAAGAAGGUGAUCCAGAACAUGAUAUUAAUUGGGAUUUAAUUCGACUAAUACAUGCUAGCGUAGCUAAUUUAUCUAUUAUUCUAUUUCAAGAUAUACUUGGUCUUGCAGAAGGUUGUCAAAUGAAUAAUCCAGCAUUUACACCGGAUUAUGAAGAAAAUUGGAAUUUGCGAUUUAAAUGGGAACAAUUAAAACAAUCAGACAAAGAUAAACUUAAAUUAUUAACAAAUAUCUAUGGACGAUAUAGACCCAAAGAAAGAUUAGAUGAAUUAACUAAAUAA